AAUCAAAGGGCCUUCGAAAAGUCGCUGCUCCUCCUCCACCUUCAUCAUUUAGGCACGGUGCGAACCCUCGUUUCCAAUCGAAACCCUCCUCGCAUGAAAUAACAAAACAAAACAAAACAAAAAAAAACAGAAAAACGAAAUUAAUAAUAAGAAAAACAGAAAAAGCUCCAAAGCCCAAAAGGGAAGGCCAUGGAUUCGUACCAAGCGCAGCAGCGGUACAUGCGGCCGCAGCCACCGGCCACGUCGGAUCCCUACCAAUACCAGCAACAGCAGCAGCAGCAGCAACCGAGACCACAGUGGUACUCGAACCACUUCCAGUACCCGUCGCCUCAACAACCCCAGUGGGCUCCACCACCUCGAGCCGACCAUCUCCCUCCGCCAGGUUCUUAUCCUCCGCCGCCCCUUCCUCACCCUUAUCCUCCUCCGUACCCCCCCAACCACCACUUUCCUCCUCCUCCUCCCCCAUCUCGGCCUCACCUGCCUUCUCACCUCCCUACCCCUCCGCCCAUUCCUCCUCCACCUCACUCUUAUCCUCAGCACACCCAGGAGUGGGGAGCUGCUCCAAGUUGGCCAAACAACCAAGGUUGGGAUUACCCAGCCCAUAAUAAUCAAGAAGAUUGGGAAGCCAAGGCUAAGGCAUGGGUAGAUGCGAGAGCGUCAACGGAGAAUCAACAUCAACAGUUGCAGUUUCCUCCGGCAGGCAGAGUAGAAGAGCAAAGUCAUUAUCAUGAUCAGUAUCCCCAGAACGUUGAUUCUCAUUAUUCUGGUACUCAGCAUCAGUCACAUUCUGCAUCCAGCUAUCAACAGGUUCCAGUUUCAGGUACUCCAACACACCAGCCACCGGGAAUUCGUCCCCAGGAGACUUCAUCUUCCUAUGCUCAUCAUGCUGUUAGAGAUGGAAUGCCAGCUGUGGACACAAAUUCUGUGUUUCAUCGACAAGGAAACCUAUCUGCUAGUCCAUCUGUUCAUCAGCAGGAGGUACCUUCUAGUUAUUCUUCUGUUACAGGCAAUGAAGGUUCUGCAGCUCAGGAAGAACAAUAUCACAUGCAACCAUCACAGCCAAUGCCCUUUGCAUAUGGCAGUCAAUCUGCUGACCCAACAACCAAUCUUGCUGACCAGCCUUUAGAGUUUGCACCCGGGUUUAAUUCUGAUCAUGGUCUACACCUGCAGCCCAGCUAUUCUUAUCAUGACCCUGCUACCACAGUGCCUUCCAUGAAUACCUGGUCUACUUCUGUUGCACCUGGUGUAGUUUAUCCCUCUAGUCUACCAGUUCCAUCAGGACCACAGCAUGAUCCUUCCAUGGCAAUACCCUCUCCUGUUCCUGGGCAUGCUCCACCUUCAUUUGGCAGUUUUCCUGGACUGAGCCUCCAGCCAACAAUUCCAUCUGCUGGUCCCCCCUUUGGUCUCACUGCAGGAACUGCAGUUCACCCUACUGCAGCCUUCCCUGGUGAUGCAUAUGGAGUUUCUACAGUUUCUGAGCGCCCCAAAAAGGCUUCAGUGCCUAAUUGGCUUAGAGAGGAAAUUAAGAAAGCAGUUAUCACAAGUUCAUCUAUGGACCAUCCUAAGGAGGAGACGCAAUCCAUUGAGGAUGAAGGAGUUGAUAGAUCUUUUGGGAAGGGAGAUCAAGCUGAUAGCAAGAGCAUCGAUUCUUCUAGAUCAACUGAAGAAGAGGAUGAUGAGGAUCAACUGGAAGCAGCUAGGACUGCAGCAAUUAACCAGGAAAUAAAGCGUGUUCUAACUGAAGUUCUCUUAAAGGUUACUGAUGAUCUGUUUGAUGAAAUUGCUACAAAAGUUCUUACUGAAGAUGAUCUGACACUUGAAGUUGAACAGAGCACACUGACUUCAAACCAUAAGUUAUUGCCAUCUCCCCCAGCAGUUUCAGCUCUCAAGGCUUCUGCAAAGGUUCUAAUUCCGGCCAAGUCUAAGGAAUCUGAGACUGAAGAUGUCAGUGAAAAAUCCAGUUCCAGUUCACCUGGUAAUGUGUUAGGUCUUGCAAAUUAUGCAAGUGAUGAUGACGAUGUAGAUGGUAAUAUUCAGAGUUCUGUUAUGCCAAAUUCUGGGAAAGAUGCUAUUCUUCAGCACUCAACUGUCAAAAAGCCUUUGAAUGUUAGGCAGGAUGCCACUACAAAUGACAGUUCUUUGGUAGGGCUUGAAGAGCACGGUAGAAGUCAGACAAUUUUAGAGAGUGAUCCGGGCAAAACCAGUUCACUUGAGUCCAAAUAUAACAACAGUGCUGCUAUUAGUGAUAUUAGUUAUAAUAGACAAAAGAAUGUUGAAAGUAAUGCCGAUAAAAAUCUGCCAGAUGGAACUACGGCCUCUAGGCUGAAGGAUACUGCAGGCACAUUGAAACCUGACCUCCAUAAAGAAAAUGUCAAUGUCAAAAAAACAUCAAAAGAUGACUCACAAGGUAGGGAGUCCAGGAUGAAACCUGAUAAGCAUGAUCGACAUGAGAGUAAAAAUAGUUCUGUGAUGGACUUCAGUAAGGACUUAGAGAGUGGUAAGACUAGGACAAUUGAGAAGGGUGAUGGGAAUCGUAGGGGGCAUGAUGAGAGGCAUUCGAGAAGGGAAAGGACAGACGAUCGGAAUGGCUCAAGAGAAAAGGUGAAGGAGCAAAGUCUUAAGCCUGUAGAAAAAGCACAGGAAUCUGAAUCAAGAAAAAAAGCUUCCCAUGCUGAUGACAAAGAGGAUAGAAGAGAAACAGAGAGACUCCAUAGCUCUAGUGCUAAAGAAGAUAACAUCAGAAAAAGAGAACAGGCAAAGGAUAAGGAGGAUGAUAGAUCAAGGCGUAAACAUUCUACUGACUCAAGCAGGCACAAGAGAAGGCGCUCCUCUUCUGUUGGCAGUAGGGGUAGAAACAGCAAGGACAACUUGGUUAAUCAUGCCAAUGAUUCAAGUGAUGAAGCUUCUGAUGAUUCUAAAAGCAGGAAGCACUCAAGGAGACGUAACUUAUCACCAUCACCUGUCAGGUCUAGGAGAAGACAAGUUUCGCGGUCUCCACAUAGCAAGCAUUCUCAGCGCAGGCAUUCUCCUUAUUCUUCUGUUGAUUCCAAAAGGUAUGUUGCCAUGAAAUCUUUGUUGUGUAUUGUUUUUCAGACAUAUGCACGUAUGAAUAAGCAACUCAGGCGUUUCAAGUGGGAGUAUGGAGUCUAUGGUCAAUUUGGCUAUGUGGAUUGGCGUUAUUUUGAUCAGAUCAUGAGGCCCAAGCUUAGUCAACGAGGCGCCGACAUUUCGGAACCUCCGAGAAUUAUCAUAUUCUCAGCUCCAAGGCUGUUCACUGGUUCUGUUGGGGCUAGGCAGAAUUUAGCUGUUCGCUCAUGGCUUGCUUUGUCCCCACAGAUUGCCGUUGUGCUGUUCAGCAAAGACCCUUCUGUUGUUUCUUUCGCUGGAGCGUUUGAUUCGCGGGUUUUGGUCGAACCAAACAUUGAUUUCACGUUCCUCGGUACCCCAUUUUUUCAUUCGAUGAUGGCAAGAUCAAGGUCAUUUUCAUCAGACAUUUCUGUCCUGGUUGAUCCUGAAACCAUUGUUUUACCUGACUUCAUUUCCACCUUGAAUUAUGCUUACAAACUUGACCAUGAUUGGCUUCUAGUUGCUUCAUCACGAAAUGUGUCCGACUUCCCAUUCUACUUGGAUGAGGAUGGAAAGCAUUGGCGAAGAGAGAAUGGGAAAUUGAUGACGACACAGGAGUUGCAGGAGAUUUUUGGGCAGAGUUGGCAGUCGACUCCCUGUGAAGGAAAGCUGCUUAUGGCAUGGAAUAACAAAGAUCUUCCCCUACAUUCUGGAGUGCUUCCUCCUUUCUUGUAUGGUAGGGGGGUGCACAAUAGUUGGGUCGUCAGUGAGGCCUUGUCAUCUGAGCUUAGGUUUGUAUUUGAUGCCAGUUGGACAAUCUCAAGCUUCUAUCUAGUUGAUCAGGAACAUCAGACUGACUGGAAUGUCGGAGGUUCCAAUGCUUCAAAUUUUGAAAGAAGCUGGGAAUAUGCUGGAAAUUCUCAUAUUGGGGCACUAUAUGGAUCAUUGUCUUAUCACGAAAUUAAUUACCGUAGCCUAGUAAAACUUUUGAAAUGUGACGGGCAAUAUAUUUUUGUCAAUACCACGGAAAACAUUGUUUGUCCGACGGUAUACCAGAGUGCAGGGAGAUUAUGGAAAGGAUGGAUAUUGCGUUUCGUGUGGAAGAACACUUUGGCUUGGGCUGAGGGUGUUAAAUCGCCAGGCCAGUUAUCAGACUGUUCUCAGAUGGUUCCAACAAAGCAUACGAAACCAUUAGACCUUCCAUUCUCUUUAGAGACACUUCUCUCGUUCAAUGCAGACAAAAAUAACACAAUUGUGCUUACUGCUGCGGGAUAUAAUUACAAGGACAUGCUAAUGAGCUGGGUGUGUAGAUUGCGCCAACUGCAGGUCACAAAUUUUAUCAUUUGUGCCCUUGACCAGGAAAUAUACGAGUUUGCUGUCUUGCAGGGCCUGCCUGUUUUCAGGGAUCCAUUAGGUCCAAGUGAGAUCAGCUUCAGUGAUUGCCACUUCGGAACAAAAUGUUUUCAGAAGGUGACAAAAGUGAAGUCCAGAAUGGUUUUGAAGAUACUGAUGAUGGGUUACAACGUGCUUCUUAGUGAUGUGGAUGUAUAUUGGUUUAGAAACCCGCUGCCAUUGCUCUACUCUUUUGGUCCUGCUGUUCUUGCAGCUCAGUCUGAUGAAUUCAACAAAACAGGACCAAUUAACUUACCUAGGCGCUUGAACUCUGGCUUUUACUUUGCCCAUUCUGAUGGUUCGACAAUUGAUGCUAUGAAGAAGGUGGUGGCACAUGCAGCAACUUCAGACCUAUCUGAGCAGCCAAGCUUCUAUGACACACUAUGUGGAGUAGGGGGUUCCAAUCGUGUGGGUGACGAUAGAUGCUUGGAACCUGAAACAAAUCUGUCCGUCCAUUUCUUGGACAGAGAUCUCUUCCCAAAUGGUGCAUAUCUGGACCUGUGGCAGAGAAAAAAAGUGACAGCAGCCUGUGUGAAGCAGGGUUGUUUUGUUCUCCAUAACAAUUGGAUCAGCGGGAGACUGAAGAAGUUAGAAAGGCAGGUUUUAUCUGGCCUAUGGGAGUAUGAUACUAGUACAAGGAUGUGUCAGCACCAUUCCAAAUUAGUACAAAAAGUUUGAGACCCAAUUGGU